GUUCAAGGUACCGCCGUCGCCCUCGCUUUCGCUCGGUAUACGAUCGUCGUCUUGGCAGCAGGAGUUGCUUCGUUCCCAAAUAGGAGGACGAGCUUUCAGCGACGAAUGGAUCAGGAAGUCAGAAUUUAUAACCGCGGUGCAUAUAUCAGCGAUAAUAAAAACACUUUAUUGACUCUGUGUGCACGCAUGCGUUUUUACCACCGCCGCCGCCGCAGCCGCCGCCGCCACGCCGCCACCGCCGCCGUCACAGAAUAACAACAGGCUUGCGCCGCCACACAGUGAAAUUUAAAUUUUCCUCCGUGUGUGUCACGACGAUACGGUAAAAAAUAGCAAGGAAUAAUUGUGAGUCGUUCAUUUACUUAAAGUAUGAUUUUACGAUGAAUUAGGAAAAUAAAAUCCGAUUUCGAAUCGAGAAUCUGUCUGAAAAGAGUGAGGUUAAUCGAGACAAUGCUAUUCGUACAUACGAGCGAAUUUUAAACGAUAUGACGACGACGACGACGACGACGAAUGCUUUCGAAUUGAUAGCGCAAGGCGCCGAAGCACGCGUGUACAAAGGUAUUUACUUGGGACGAUCGACCUUGAUGAAAGAAAGAUUCGAAAAGAAAUACAGACACACGGAUUUAGAUAAUCGCCUGACGAAAGAUCGGAUAAAGGCCGAAUGUCGCGCGAUACUUCGCGCUAAAGCUGCAGGAGUUACCACGCCGGCUGUUUAUUUAGCAAAUUUUCAACGACGUUGUAUUUACAUGGAGUAUAUAGAAAAUGCAGUGUUACUGAAAGAAUUUAUCGAAAAGAACGUUUCGAAGUCAGGAACCGACGUACUAGCUGAUUCUUCCACGCUUCUGCUGAAUGUAAUUGCCGACGCACUCGGCACGAUAAUCGCCAAGUUGCAUUCGAAAAAUAUAAUUCACGGUGAUUUGACUACGUCUAACAUACUUUUGAAGAACGUUAACGAACACCACUCUACUGACACUGGGAACUAUGACGAUGUUACUACGAGUAAUUUCGUCGUGAUAGACUUUGGAUUAGCUCGUAUUGAAUCGAGCGUAGAAGAUAAAGCUGUGGACUUGUACGUUCUCGAACGAUCAUUGUCGAGUGCACAUUCGGAGGUGCCUCUUUUGUUUUCGAAGAUAUUCGAUACCUAUCAGAAAUGUUACACGAAUAGAAAUCAGUGUAAAGAGAUCGUUACAAAGUACAAGGAGGUGCAAUCACGGGGGCGGAAACGACUAAUGAUUGGUUAGAGCUCAUCGCCGUGCUUCUUUUCUUCUUAUCAAUACAUUCAAACAGAUUUUAUUGACCCGGUCGUAUCUUUAAUUAUUUACGACGUACACGUUGAAUAAAUAUAAAUGAUCCUCUUGGACGUGAGUAAUAGUUGACGACUAACAUCGACAACAUCAAUCGAAUAUUAGGCUUGGUAAGAGCAAUUAAAAAUUCACAAAGCAAUGCAAAAAGAGUUUUAUAAAAAUUUCGCACAAAUGAUACUUCUCUGUAUUGAGCCUGUGUUUCAAUAUUGACCAAAGGAUGCCUGUUCCUUGUUCUCUCGUGUCCUUCCCAGGCAUACGAUCUUACAGUACUCAUUCCUAUCUAUACGACGACGACGACGACGACAAUGACGUGUCGUUCGUCCGUACCGAUCAAAGGAAAAAUCAUUUGAAGCGAACUAAUUAUUAUUACUUUUGUUGUUGUCGCUGUUUUUGAGCAAAGAGAAGACAUUUCGUUUUUCAGUAGACAAAUAUUCUUUUUAUGUAAUAGCGGUUUAAUUACGUACAAGUGAAUUAUAACAAAUUCUGCUCGGUAUGUUCGUCGAAUGCAUUUUGCGUGGUGGGUACAAAACGUGUCGUCGUUUCGCAGACUAACACGUGAAUCGUUCUCUGCUGCGAAAAUGUUUGAGAUAACGUUUUCGUGACGAGUAUUAGCAUGUGUGGUUCAUGCGAUCGAUUUUCAAUGGUCAACAGUCCCCCGCUGUUGCCCGCCGUAAUAAUUAUUAUUUGAGAUAUACAGAACCGCAGAUAAGGGAUCAAUCGAAAUGCAGCCCCGAGUAUAUGAUGAUCCAAGUUACCUAAAUGCCGUAAUGAUUAAUUAUUGUAAAUUGGAAAUAUGGUUCGAAAAUUAUAUUACCAAGAAACCA